AUGUCGUUUCUUAUGCCCAGGAUACCCAAAAUGGCUAUGGUCGUCUUGGGCCUUUCUGUCGUUGCAUCUGUUUACGCCCAACCCAUUCGCGAAGCAGAGAGUACUCGCGUUCUAGGGCCGCGAGACCCGAGAAUAAUUCCUGACACUGAGAACUAUCUGGUCAAUAUCCUCGACAGCCUUGGUUUCGGCAAUCCUAAGACCGACACCUCUACUCAGGCCACCUCCACACCUACCCCUACCCCUACCAUGACAGCCGAACAAGACCAACCGGUGAACAGCGUGGCCACGCCAUCUUCCACAGGACAAGGGGCUACAUUUACCACUGUGAUCCACAACGGAAACGACAGGCCGACUGAGAAUGUUCAAAUUGGAUCUGGCUGGGAUGGCAGGAAGGAAUUGCGAGCCUCGGAUCUACCUGUGAUCUUUGAUGCUCUCUAUGAUUAUAUGGAGAGUCGGUUCCGCAAUAUGGUCGACAGUUCUGAUGAGCUGGGAUUGUAA